UCAGUCGGAGAUGGAGAAGAUGCGAGUUGCUAUGGAGAAAGAGAAACAAGAAGCUAUGAAGACUUUUUUAGCUGAACAAGAACAUCUAGCUGCUGAGAAGACUCGAAUUGCUAAUGAGAAGGCGGAAUUGAAGGCUGAACAAGAAAGGAUUAGUGUUGUGAAGCAGCAAAUGAAUGUUGCGAUCAUAGCUGAAAAAAACUACAUAGAAGCUGUUGUGGCCGCUGAAAAAGAGCGUAUUGAUGCAGUGGUUUUAGCUGAGAAAGACAGGAUCAACAGUGCUGUUGUGGCGGCACGAGACCAACUAAAUUCUGAACGACUGGCAUUGCAACAGGAACAUCAGCGACAAUUACAGAUUGAGCAAUCACCUAUUAAUCAGGGAGCUCACACUCAACUACAACUUCAUCAAUCGGAUCCCACUACCUUCACUUCAUCCCCAAGCCAUCUUUACCCCCCGACUCAUCUGAAUUAAAUGAAAUGAAAGUGUAAGUUACUGUGUCUAUUUUCCGUCCUGAGUUAUCUUGCUUUAUGCUCGAAAUUGGAUAUGUAGUGCUCUUGAUUGUUUCAACUUGGAAUCUUGGAUUUUAUUUUCAUUUUUUCUUAUUAUAUAAAGAAUGAUAUGAUACACGCUUGUACUGGUAAUUGGUAAAAAUGAGGAAGAAUAUAACCAAUGUAUGAUAAUCUAUGAUAUAUCAACAAAUACAUAUUUAGUUUACAAGGCUGUG